GCCAGGCAGCAGAACCACAGCCAGGCAGAGACCACUCAACUCUCGCCUAACCUCUAGACCAUGAAAUAUAAUCUUCUUCCCACACCACAAUCCAUCUCUGCUUCUUUGGUUGAGAAAUUUGCUUAAUUCACUAAAUUAUUACAUCUUAAACCCCGACUAUGGCCGACGGUAAUCCGCCACGAGACGAUGAAGUAGGCGAAGAGGAGGAAGAGGAAGUUGAUGAAUCCAACUACAAAUCGGUAAAAGAUGCGGUGCUCUUCGCCAUCGAAGUCAGCGACUCGAUGCUCACCCCGCGCCCAUCCUCCGACCCCAGGAAACCCGUCGAAGAAUCCCCGGUCACCGCAGCGUUAAAAUGCGCCUAUCACUUAAUGCAACAGCGAAUCAUCUCCAACCCCCAGGAUAUGAUGGGGGUCUUACUCUACGGAACGCAGGCGUCCAAGUUCUACGAUGAAGACGAAGGCAGCCGAGGCGACCUGUCCUAUCCCAACUGCUAUCUAUUCACCGACCUCGAUAUCCCAUCUGCACAAGAAGUCAAGGACCUGCGAGCCCUGGUGGAAGAUGCAGGCAAAGCCCGAGACAUUCUGCGGCCGGCGCAGAAGCAAGUCUCAAUGGCGAAUGUACUGUUCUGUGCCAACCAGAUAUUCACAUCCAAAGCGCCCAACUUCCUGUCGCGGCGACUGUUCAUAGUUACCGAUAACGACAGUCCCCACAGUGAAGACAAAGCCUUACGGUCGGCCGCCACAGUACGGGCGAAGGAUCUGUAUGAUCUUGGGGUUACCAUCGAGCUCUUUCCCAUCUCCCAGCCGGAACACGAGUUCGACAGCUCCAGGUUCUAUGAUGAUAUUAUCUACAAAACUUCCCCGAGUGACCCAGAUGCUCCGGCGUAUCUGCAACCCGACUCCAAAGUCUCAACGGCCACUGCAGAUGGGAUCUCCCUCCUCAAUACCUUAUUGUCCAGUGUCAAAUCACGAUCCGUCCCUCGACGUACUCAUUUCUCUAACAUGCCCCUCGAACUCGGGCCCAAUCUCAAGAUCUCCGUCUCAGGCUACAUACUUUUCCGGAGGCAAGCGCCCGCGCGGAACUGCUAUGUUUGGCUCGGAGGCGAGAAGCCCGAGAUCAUCAAAGGAGUGACCACGCAAAUUGCCGACGACACGGCGCGGACAGUGGAGAAAACGGAGAUUCGAAAAGCCUACAAGUUUGGCGGAGAUCAAGUGAUCUUUACCCCCGAGGAGCAGAAGGAAUUGAAGAACUUCGGCGAUCCGGUCAUUCGCAUCAUCGGCUUCAAGCCGGCCCCUGCGCUCCCUUUCUGGGCGAACAUGAAACACCCUUACUUCAUUUAUCCAUCGGAAGAGGACUAUGUGGGCUCGACCCGCGUGUUCUCCGCCCUGCAACAGACGCUCCUGCGGCAGAACAAAAUAGCCCUUGUCUGGUUUAUCCCACGUCGGGCUGCGAACCCGGUCCUUGGGGCCAUGAUCGCCGGGGAGGAGAAGGUCGAUGAACACGGGGUGCAGAAGAUGCCCCCGGGCAUGUGGAUCCUGCCCCUACCCUACGCCGAUGAUGUUCGCCAGAACCCCGAGACCACCCUGCAUGUGGCCCCAGAACCGUUGAUCGACCAGAUGCGUGUGAUCAUCCAGCAGCUGCAACUUCCUAAGGCCUGCUACGAACCUCUAAAAUACCCGAAUCCCUCAUUACAGUGGCAUUAUCGCAUCCUGCAAGCACUGGCUCUAGAUGAAGAUCUGCCCGAGAAGCCGGAAGACAAGACGGUACCGAAAUAUCGACAAAUUGACAAGCGCGCUGGGGACUAUGUCUUAUCAUGGGCCGACGAGCUCGAGAAGCAGUACGCCCAAGUCGCGGGGAAGAAGCCCGCCACCAGUACCCUGAUCCAUCGAGGAGCGAAGAGCCGAGCCCCUGACGACGGAGAAGAGUCGAGCAAACCAGCCAAAAAGGUCAAAGUAGAAGCGGACAACAACAUUGAGGAAGAAGUGCGCCGGCAUUACCACAACAACAAUCUGUCGAGGCUCACGGUCAAUAUUCUGAAGGACUUCCUCGCGUCUCAUGGCCGCUCUGGGGUGGGAAAGAAAGCGGAUCUAAUCGAUCGCGUGGAACAGUUUCUGGAAGCCUGAAUGGCUGAAGGCCUUAAUGACUCCAAAAAUAAAAU